AUGGCACGACUUUUCUACCACAAGCCGCAAUUCGCUAUUCUUGACGAAUGCACUUCAGCUGUUAGCGUAGAUGUAGAAGGAGCGAUGUAUAAGAUCUGUCGGGAGAUGGGAAUUACGCUAUUCACAGUAUCACAUCGAAAAUCACUAUGGGUUCAUCACGAGUACUUCCUUCACAUGGACGGCCGUGGAUCGUAUCAAUUCGAGAAAAUCGACGGUAACACCGCUGUGUUCGGCUCUUGA